AUGGCCGACGUCGAGAUGAAAGAUUCCAGCGCAGCCGCUUCCAAAGGUAAAGCUGUCGCAAAGGCCGACGGUGCUACUGACGGCAAAAAGAAGUUCGAAGUCAAGAAGUGGAACGCCGUGGCUCUUUGGGCCUGGGAUAUCGUCGUUGAUAAUUGUGCUAUUUGCCGGAACCACAUCAUGGACUUGUGUAUCGAGUGCCAAGCCAACCAAGGAUCUUCAACAACGGAGGAGUGCACUGUCGCUUGGGGUAUCUGUAACCAUGCAUUCCACUUCCAUUGCAUUUCGAGAUGGUUAAAGACUCGCCAAGUGUGCCCACUGGAUAACCGUGACUGGGAGUUCCAGAAAUACGGCCGAUAA